AUGCUGAUAGAUCCGACCAAAGACACAAGCGAGUAUUGGCGGGAAACAGAAAUCCUGUCAAUAGUCCGCAACGACGAAAUGGACAUAGACUACGAGAAGUGUGAACAGACCGCUCCAGAGGGGUCUCAGCUUUAUUUGCCCAGCAGGCGAUCCGUUAGACCCAUUUGCCGGAGUACUUAUGAUUACCAACUUUGCCCGCAAUGUCCACGCUUCAGCAACCAUACUGAGUGCGAACUAUUUCGUGAUUCAUGCAGGGAGGGGCGCGUCCUGCCAAACGAGUACCGCACUUACUGCGACCGGAAGUACGGAAAAUGGCGCACGAUGUUCGUCCCUGCAGACUACUCCCAGUGCAGAUGCUGCGACGAAUGCAUAUUCUACAGAGAGUUGGACCAAUCCUGCAUCGAAGACGAGUACAGCUUCGACACCGAGGAAUUCCUGCCCGUUACUACAAUCGGCAAGUUUAUUUCUUCAUUGAUUCCGACUAGACAUGUU